AGCGAAAGAGUGGCGCGUGUUUUCCGGUUAUGGACUAAUAAGGAAUAUCCUAGCGGAGUGCUUAUUUUUGUUGGAGAAAGGAUUUUCGCACUAUCUCCCAGGUGCGAUCUGUGGCAUUCGAUCGAUCGAGUUGGUCAGCCCUCGGACAGCUCGAUGAUGAAUGAACUGGUUAAAAAUUUAUGCCGUUAAACUGUGAUUGUUGGCGGCAGGUGUGCAGUUGAACGGCUUUAGUGCAAUAGUUCUUUAAGUUGGAUUUGUGCCAGUUAAUGCAAGGGAUUCAUUUUGACACAAACAUGAAGAGAGCAAUAUUUCAAAUAACUCUUUGGAUGGUGCUGUUGGAGUCAAAUUUGGUGUUUAGUAAACCUGCUGGAGGCAAAACGAGGGAUAAAUCAUUGGAAGUACCACGGAUUUUGGAAGUGCAGUACGACGACUAUCCGAUGGUAGUCCCUAAGCGAGCUGCAAUGCUACUCGAUCGCCUAAUGGUAGCCCUUCACCACGCACUGGAGAAAGACGGUGGAGAGGAUGGUGGGGGACGACCGAUCAACAAGGUUUACCGGGAUGCAAAGUAUGGUGGCCGCCCGGUAACAACUGGGAUGGUAAAGCAGCAGUCGCAGCCACCACCACCGUCAUUACCCGGUAAAACGGAGCAACUGAUGAAGUCCUAUUAUGACGAGGCAGAGGCCGAAGACUCAGAAGUGGACAAUGCGAUACCCGAUGAGCUGGACGAGCUCGAGGGCCGCAAGGAGCUGCUGGACGAAAUGGUAAAAAACGAUUUAUAUUGAUGGACAUCCAAACGAGGGGCACUGAGGACAAAACGAAAAAGGGCCGCUAUUGGAAAUGCUAUUUCAAUGCUGUCAGUUGUUUUUGAAUAGGUCGUAAAUGUUAGAUCGAAAGUAGUAAACGGUUAGAUGUAUGCGACACAACAUAUGCACAAUCAGAACAUUAAUCUUAAAUAGGGGCACUACAUAUGAAGCAGAAAGCUAAUGGACAAGAAAGAACUGAAAAUUUAACAAGGACUAUAACUCAUAACUUGCUGUAUAAUAAAAUUAUACACUAUCACUAACAUUUGAUGCAUGUAACUGUUUUCUUUACGAUCAAAAUAGCUGUUUGUAAAUACAUAUUUUCGUUAAAUAUAUUGACCGGAACAGUUGUUCAGUCAUUUGAUUUUGGUUCUUUCCAUGUCACCAACGUA